AUGGCUAUCUCCAAGGUUUCUGAACUGGUGCGCUACUGCCUGUUACGAAGAACUUCUGUUGACGAGUUCGGCACAUUAGUGCAGACGUAUCAGGCCGAAUUCAGCGGCAAGCGACUUUUCGCAGCACUCAUUGAAUGUCGGUUCUCGUUUUGUGCACCGGGGGAUCCUCUCAUUUCACUGUAUCUGGACCAUGUCGGCACUACCGGUGUUGUCAGCAUCUCCGAUGCACUUGUUGUCAUGGUCCGCAGAUGGAACAGUGACAAAGGCGCCCAGGCACAGAAUGCUUUGCAAUUCUACAACCAAACAUUGCAAGAUAUCACGAUGGUCACAGUAUCUAACAAGUACAAGACCACCCCCUCCGAAGCACGAACAUCUAUUCUUUUGUCAUCAAGAUGGCUUGCUACGCUUGCCCGUCAAACAUCUCAAGACGUUGAACCAGCCCUUAACAUCGAACACUCUCAUGUCCUCGAAUCUCUUGCCUUUCUGGUCGCGUCGAUGGCGGCAACCGAUGCUGGACUUGAGGCCCUUUCCUUGAACGCUACCUUGCAAGGUGAUACGAGUGAGGUUGCAAGCCAGGACUUGCGGGCUAGUCUCCGGCAGGCUCUGAACCUAUGCCUGCCCCUGUACUCAACGCUGUCAACCCAUCUUAUGGAUCGCCUCAAUACUGUGCUCAAACAUAUCAGUCUUUUGGAGCACGGGUCGACCCAGAACGGCGGUUCCUCUGGCCAAUCUUCCGAGAUCCAGGUGCUACAGUUUCAAGUCUCAAUCCCGGACACGCACAUGGUUGCAGCUAGAGCAGCUACAAUCGCAUAUCUCGAAGCCAUGCUCACAAUGGGGUCGACGAUUGAUGAUGGCACCUUGAUCAACUACUUGUGCUCUCGUCAUCAGAACGAUUAUCAAGCCGUCUCCGUCGAUCUCCUUAUUUCAGCUUUUCAAAUCCUCAAGACAAAGUCUGUCUCUCCAAGAUCACUACUUUCCUACCAACAAUGUCGGACUUUUGUCCAGAACAAGCUUCCCAAUAUCCUCUCGAUGCUGUCGGCCUCGUCGUUCAACAGUUUCGACACCCAGCAGACCAUCACCGACGCGUGGACCCAGGUAGUCCCUCAGCUAUCUGGCCAGGAGAUCAUGCUCAUAGGGUUCCACUUCCUUCACACCUGCUCUCUCCACCACUUGCUUACGCAACAAGCUGCUAUCCAGCUCGUGGGAAAUGAAGAGGCUCUAUCUGGCAUGAGCAAGGGUUUAUACACAAAAGAUGACUUGGUCUCACAAGUCAUGGGAAAUCAUACCAGGGGACCGAAGCUUGUGGAAGAGCUCGUCCGAAGCGACGGGAGCGCGGGCUUCAUCAGUCAAGCCAUCGUUGAGAUCAUGCACAAUUACUGUCAGAAUAAAGAAACUCAGUACCUCAAGGAUUUGGCGAAUGCAAUCAUCCGAAGACCAGCGGCGAUCAACUGCAUCUCCUUGUUCAUUCGUCCGAGCUACUGGCUGGGUCCCCUGUGCACACUGCUGGAUGAGUGGCGAUGGGAUGAGAUUCAUGGCGAAGCUCAGCCUGUCUACGACGAGUUCGGCGCGGUCCUUUUGCUCGUGUUGGUGACCAAGGCACGAUUGCAACUGCCGCAGUCCGAGCUGGGUAUUCGUAAGAAAGAUGGGUUUCUCUCCGAAUAUAUGAACAAUGGCGAUUCGGAGCAAGAGCUGGGCAGCCUUUCCGAAGUGAGAAUGGCACACCUCGGAAACUGGAUCAAUGCCCUUUACCUGGCCGAAGGCUUGAGCGACGAACUUUUCACUAACUGCAGUCCGCAUGACUUUUACAUUCUCAUACCAACUCUUCUUCGACAGUCGAUGACUGCUUACCAGCAGGACAAAUUGACUCAGGACUCGUUAAAGGCCGGCCUUGACUAUCUCCUGGAGCCUUUUCUACUGCCCUCCUUGGCUUCCGCCCUCAGCUGGAUCGCUAAUAUCCUUCACGAUGAGGCACCCGCCGCUGCCGUCAUCCUUGAUGUAAUCAUGAAAGCUCCCGGGAAUACAGAUUCUCGAGAUAUUCACCGAACCAUACUAGCAAUGUGCGGACCUCAGCUCCAGAAAAUCAUAGACUCAAUGCAGCCUGAACACGACCAACUCCAUGGUGUACAAGCAAUUCUCAAACAAUCUCCUAUUUUCAGCUUUUCUCCUGACCAAGGCGUCGAACACAGUCAGAUUGCGUCCGUCUUGCAGGAGGGCAUCGUGUCGAUGAUCACCUCCGCUGGUGCUUCUGUUAUGCAAGAGCAGUCGACUUCCUCAGGUAUACAUUCCAUGGUCAAUUGUGCAAUCAAUUCUCUUGGAUUACAGAGUGCUUUAAGAGUCUUGCUUGCAGUUUUGCUACAAAUGAGCGACAGUCCGGACUUCCUCUUCGCCCUGGACACGGUGUCGACCAUCGUUUGCACUGUUGACCGUGGCCUGCGGGAGACUCUGCGCUUGCUGUACACGAAUUUGGGGACCCUCCUCAAGAAGGGAGACACGCUUUCUGCGGAGGCAGUGGUCCGCCUCCAUCGUCAGGUUGAAGCAUAUGCAAACCUCCUCACUGUCCAGGAGAUGGGCUUGGAUGCAUUUGCAUUCGCUCAGCAGCUUACCAACAUCGACACAGCAGAUCCCAACCUGGAUGCUACUACAGCCGUGUCAGGAGCUAUGGACCUGCAAGGGGAUCAAGAGCCUGCCGAUGGUAUCGACCAAGUCCUCGACGAAGUGGCUGCCAUGGGCAACCUAGACUCGAACGACGCAGACAUGAACUUUGAUGCUCUUUACGGUCUGCAGAACACCGACAUGGAUCUGAACGAUUUAGACCUCGAUAUGUUCUAG